AUGGAGGAGCAGCCAGCACGCCCAGACAUGGCUCAAGGCAGCUCCAGCAGCGACUGGGAAGCCACUGCGGCAGGGAGGAGCUUCAGCUUGGAGGACUCAGACGACAAUCUGACCAGUCUCCUGUGGCUGAAGGACUUUUCCUUGGCCAACACCAGCUUGGCCAAGUCCUCCUGCUGCCUGGGUGGCCCUGACCCCCCCAGCUCUCAGCGCUGCUCCACUUUGGCUGCCCCGUGCUCAGCCCUGGCUGCUGAGCCCGCCUGCGGGGCUCUGUCCCACUCCCCCUGCCAGCCCAUCUCCUCCUCAGCCUCCAGAACGGUGCUGAGCCCUGAGCUCGCACAGGACACUGGCCACAGGAGCAACCCUUCUGUCAGGCCACCCUACACCUACGCCAGCCUCAUCUGCAUGGCCAUGGAAGCCAGCCAGAAGCCCAGCAUCUCCCUCUCUGACAUCUACAAGUGGAUCAGGGACAACUUCAGCUACUUCCGACACGCUGAUCCCAGCUGGCAGAGAUCCAUCCGGCGCAACCUCUCCUUGAACAAGAGCUUCAUCAGGGUGCCCCAGGAGAAGGGGGAGCCAGGCAGAGGCGGCUUUUGGAUGCUUCACCCCGAAUAUGCCCAGAGGCUCAAGAACAUUGCCUGCAAACAGCGGAGGAUGCCCCAAGCACAGACCCACCCGGCCUGUCCUGCAACAGCCCCGCAAGGCACAGGGAGCCUCACCUGCACAGACACCUCCUCUGGCACCUACACUUCCAUCCUAACUGUCAACAGGGAGGUGCAGCAGCGGCUGAAGGAGUUUGAAGAAGCCACCAGCAACCAGACCCUGGCUGCAAGAGAUGGCAAAGCGGGGCAGAAGCACAAGAAGCCAUCGCCUGCAGGAAUGGCCAAGGUGGCUCGGUUUUGCAGCCCUGCCCUGCUGAGCCCGGAGCAGCAGCCGGAGCUGGGGGCACUGCAAGGGGACUUGGACUGGGAAGCCUUCUUCUACACCAACCGACAAAGCAGCUUCAUCACCAUCUCGAACCGUGACUCUCCACUUCUGGAGCUCACAGAACCAAACAGCCCCGCAGAACACGAGCCAGAGCGGACGGCACACGGGCACCACAUCCACCAGCUCCAGGAUGGCCAGGAGCAGCAGCAGCUCCUCACUGAAGCCAGCGUGAACAACCUGGACUUUGAUGAAACCUUCAUGGCCACUUAUUUCCUGCAACAGGAGUUGGACAAAGAGACAAACGACUGUCUCUACUACUGA